CGAGUAAAUAUAAGUUUUUCAGUUCGGCUCCGAACGACAAGGUGUUACGUUGGACGCCAACGAUUUCUAAAAUAGAAGCCAGUUCAUCGUCAUUUUUACCAGAGUAGAAACAUAUUAAUAGUGGGAAUCAUACAGCUUUGUUUCAGACUGGUUUGCAAUUUUGUGUUGUCUUUGAGAUAAUAUGGCCUACAGUUGGGAAAACAGAGUGAGCUUCGUAGUUAAAUAUUUAUACGAUUUGGACAACAAUGGCUACUUGGAUGAAAGGGAUUUUGCUUGUUUAGCACUAAGAGCAACCAUUAUCGAAGGAAAGGGAGAAUUUAGUUACAGCCGUUUACAUGAAAAUCAGCACAUAAUGAUGAGUCUUUGGGAGGAAAUAGCGGAACUGGCUGAUUUCGAUAAGGACCUGUUACAGGAUGGAAAAAUAACAGUAGAAGAGUUCAAACAAGCUGUCCAACAGUGUUGCAUGGGUAGAAGAUAUGAAGACUUUCCUCAGGCGAUGAAAAUGUUCAUUGACUCUAAUUUCAAAAUGGUGGAUAUCAAUGAUGAUGGAGUUAUAGCAGCUGAUGAAUAUAGAUUCAAUUGUAUUACUAAAUUUCCAAUAGAUGACGUUGAAAUUGUAGAUGAAGCUUUCAAUAAUAUGCUCAAUGAUGAUGAUCGACGAAGAGGAGGCAUAACACUAUCAAGGUACCAAGAGUUGUAUGCGGAGUUUUUAGGAAAUCCGGAAGAGACACCUGCUGUGUAUCUUUUUGGACCCCUCUCUGAAUUUUUCUACAAUGAAGAUCUUGAUGUCUAGAAGAAAAUGUUCAUUAGAUAUCAAUCACUUGAAUCUGAAAUCAAAAUGCCCAACUAUUAGACCGAUCGCUAACGACACUGUCGGUUGACAGAUUAAUGUAAUUCUGCCGUUGGAAAAACCGUUUUAUUAUUGCAAUUUGAAAUUGAAAUUGCCACAUUUAUGAGAUUUUUGAACGAUGAAUCCGUUUAUACAUAGGUAAGAGGGAACAGAAUGGCAAACGAUUCCAGAACAAUGUCAGUUUGAAGGUGAUUGACAACUAAAACAAAUCAUUUUAUAUAAUAGACAAUGUAGACAAGUCCGAACUAGUGAAAUUAAAACAAUGUCACUUGUUCAAGACAUAUAAUAUUGAAAAGGAUUACUUGUUCUCACGUAAACCGUCUUUCGAUAAAAUUUCUGAUAUCUACUUGACAAAUUCUUUAAAAUCAUUUAUAAGAGAUGUGUGUUGAUUUGUUGACAGUGUCAAAUAUUGCAUUGGAAACUUCCUAAUAGCUCAAAUAACGUAUUUAUUUAAAAAGUUGAAACCAGAGCCCAAAAACGCACAAAAGAAGACAUUAACAUAGCGUAUAGGACUGGUAACUCCUUGGUUAGACAUAUUGUUACGUUUUUCCGGUGGGUUUGACAAUAAUUGACGAAACUGAAAAUUAAACUCAACUUUAUUUCACUGCUACACUGACAAUACAACACAAAAAUUUCAACUGAAACUUUGGACUAACUCUCAAAUGUUUAUCACCCAAUCAGAACACUUCGUAUCGCACUUUCAAGUAAACUUCCUCGAUCUGCGUGUUGACAGCGUUUAUAUAUUGUAAUGGGAGUCUCUGGAAGCCGAUAUGUAAAUCCUUGUCUCGAAGCGAUGUGACAUCUAGAACGAUCGCGAAACCCAAUUCGAGUUGAGCGCGACCUUGACUAAGUCUCAAUCGAUUGACGAAGACCAGCGGCGGCCAGCGUAAUUUUUUUCAAGGGAUGAUUUAAAACAAUAUAAAGAACAACAUGGACAAAGAUAAUAAAUCAGGUGUCUACAAACUAACAUGUGAAUUGUGCUCAAUAGUUUGUAUAGGAAAGAAUUCAAUAAAUUCCAAAACGAAAAUCUCCGAAUAUAGAAGAAGUUUUUAACUAAAGAAAGCCAAUUCCACUCAUGCAUGUCACCUUUUAGUGAACAACCGCGAUGGACAUGGACGACAUAUUACAUACAGGAAGUAAAUGACAAAAAUUAAACCAAUUGGAAUAUCUGGAAAUCAAUAAACGGAAAAAAUCAUUUUUUUUUAAAUGAUCAAUAAGCCAAAAUGUCAUCUUGAAUUCUUUCAGGUUUGGAGACCAGCUCCCUACCCUUUCGACUGAUUGUUGGAAUGAUCAAUAAGGAAUCCAAAACGAGCACUUUAACCUAUAACAAAAAUGCAGUACUCUUUUGUUCUACGCCAGAUGUUCCAGUUUUACUUUUUUUUUAAUCAUAAAAUGCCAAAAAAUAACAUAUUCGUAGGUUAACUCAUUUUUGGAAUUUAAUUGCCACAGUUCUUUCAAAACCUAUCUGUUAUACCAUAAUCAAUCAUUUAUCUAAUUGGGUUUUUCUGAAUCUCAGAUCCUAAAUACACACAUUCAUGAUCCAACACCAAACAGCGCUAUUUCGGCCCGACAAGGUAUCAUCAGUGGUGUAAGGCUUAACCACGAAUGCAUUACCGAAUUCAACUGUCUUUGAAGGACAAGCCUGGGUAAGUAAAGGCGAUGACUUACAGCUUAUCAAAUCUAGGAAGAGACUUGAGAAUUCUCUGACUUUAUCUCUCUCUCUCUCUCUCUCUGCCGUACUCACCCUCUUUUAACGAACACACGUCUAGUGGGCGCGGGCGGGACCAACAUAAUGUUAACAUUUCAAUAUUCCAAGUGGUUCAAAUUACAAACAUGGGAUUGGGAAAAUAGUCUCUUUUCCAUAUUUUUCAAUAACGAAACGGUACUUCCAUCAGCAGAAUUAUAUAAAUAUGACUGUCAAGUGACAAUCAACACUUCAAUCAUGAAUAUAGUAACGAAAACUGAAUCUUCCUUCGUGUACAACCAAAUAAAUAGUUUCUGCUUCUAUUGAAAUUUGAAAACGGAUAUGAUUAAUAUGAGUAUAUUUUAUGUUCAUUAAUCUAUCAGACAUAACGUCAUACACAUCGUUCUUGAAAAAAUGUUACCCGAGUAUUUUUAUCAAUGUUUUUAUGUCAGAACUAAGCUUCUAGGUGAUUUAUAUACUGAACAUAAGUUAGAAUCUUUGUGUUGAUAGGAAAUUUUUGUUUUUUAUUUUAUUGGUAAAUUUUAUAAUUUUUGUAAAUAAAGAUAUUUUUCCUUCAAUUCA